UAAUAAUGGACUCAUUAAAUGAUGGUAGUUAAGCAAGGAAAAAGUAUGCUGUAAUUACUCCAGCAAUAAGAAUGGCUUUUAUUAAAAAAGUCUAAUCAAAAUAAUCAACUAUAAAGAAGGCUGCUCAAGAACUUGGAAUUAAGUUUAGUACAUCUAAAGCUAUUUUGCAAACUUAUAGAAGGGAAGGAAGAGUAGGCAAGAAAAAGACCAGAUAAAGAAGAAGUAUUUCUAAAUUGGAAUCUCAACCUGAAAAACCAUAAGAAAUCAUAAAAACAAAUGAAUCGUUGAUUCCAAUCUAAUCUAAUUAAAUUUCACCUGGAGACUUCUAAUUUCAUUCCUUAUAGUUAUAGUUAAACUAAUAAAUGUAACUUAUGUAGCUUAGCUUAUCUAUGAAUCCAUACAUGCUUCUUCAACAGUAUGAAUAUUAAUUUAAUUCUCUAGAAAUCAAUAUUUAAAUUAAUGUCUAAUGUAAUUACAGGCUCAAUAGAUGAUUAAUUUAUAAGGAUGGUAGAAUCCCAUUUAACAAGCAUAGCCUAUUCUUCAAUAAUUUGGAAGAAUACAAGAACAAAGAUAAUAUAUUACUCCAUUAUAAUCCAGCAAAUGUCUUGAUCAAAAAUUUGAUGAAGGUCAUACUACAUUAAAGGAUUUUAUUUGAAAAUCAUAGUAUUUUAUUAAAUAACCAC